CUCACAAAUUGGCCAAUGGGAGUUGGGAGGCAGAGUUGUCCUCUUGGCCGCCAUUAAAGAAUUCCAGCCUUGAAUUCAAAUGGCAACCUGCAGGACCCGAGAAUCAGUAAACGCAAAUGCUUACCCUUAAUGGACAUUUACAUCAUGAUGUCAGUAUUUUAGUGAAAGUUUUGAUAGUUUUAUCGGAUUCCGGCGACUAUGGGGAAUAUAAGGGUGGUGUUAGCUAACUGUUUUAUUUAGUCUGACUUGGCUAUGUUAGCUAGAUAGCUUAACUCGGGGAGGGGAGCGUUUCUUUGCUCCGAACUUGUUUUAGAUUACAUCACUUCAUGGUGAGGCUGUGGUAUGGUUCGUGUAGAUAUUUUAGUUAACAUAUUAUGAAGUAAAGUAAGAAAACGGACUCUAAGUGGGGGUUGAUGAAUUUGUUAGCGUAGAAAGCUAACUAGCUAGUUGUGCUAGCUGGCUAUUAAGACAGCGAGACUGUUUAGCAAGCAAGAAGCUAGCAUAGUGGCUAGGCAUCAACCGGUUGUAUAAAUAACUAGCAAGUUAGCAUCUUAGUUUUCUGGGUUAGUUGACUAAAUACUCGAUAUCCAGAUCAAAUAACUUAGCUGAAUAUUGCUCUUCUCGGUAACUGAGACGAUGGAUUGUUCAACCACGCUGUGAGGAUGAGUUCAUGUUUUGUACCAAACGGGGCCAGUUUAGAGGACUGCCACUCCAACCUAUUUUGCCUGGCUGACCUGACUGGGAUAAAAUGGCGACGUUUUGUGUGGCAGGGGCCCACCUCCUCGCCCAUCCUCUUUCCCGUGACAGAGGAAGACCCCAUCCUGUGCAGCUUCAGCCGGUGCCUGGCGGCCGAUGUGCUAAGCGUGUGGCGGAGGCACCACACCCCGGGCCGCCGUGAGCUCUGGCUCUUCUGGUGGGGGGACGACCCCAGCUUCGCCGAACUCAUCCACCACGAUCUGUCAAGUGAAGAGGAAGGCGAGUGGGAGAGCGGGUUGUCCUACGAGUGCCGCACACUCCUGUUCAAAGCUGUACACAACCUGCUGGAGCGUUGCCUCAUGAACCGCAGCUUUGUCCGUAUUGGCAAGUGGUUUGUCAAGCCCUAUGAGAAGGAUGAGAAGCCCAUCAGUAAGAGUGAACACCUGUCGUGUGCGUUCACCUUCUUCCUGCACGGGGACAGUAAUGUGUGCACGAGCGUAGAGAUUGCCCAGCACCAGUCUGUCCAGCGACUGAGUGAAGAGCACCUGAGCUUGGCACAGCAGAAUGCCAGCCCCCUGCAAGUCAUCUUGAGUCCAUAUGGUCUGAACGGGACGGUCACGGGCCAGUCCUUCAAGAUGUCUGACCACCCCACCCAGAAACUCAUUGAGGAGUGGAGGCAGUUCUAUCCCAUCAGCCCCAGCGCCAAGGACCGCCCCGAGGACAAGAUGGAGGAUGCAGACUGGGAGGAUGACUCACUAGCAGCCGUGGAGGUCCUUGUUGCUGGAGUGAGGAUGGUAUACCCUGCCUGUCUAGUACUGGUUCCCCAGUCAGACCUCCCUGCCCUAGCCCCCCAGGGCUCAGCCAACCCCUCAGACAUCCUGUGUGAGGGCCAGGGGACCCACAGAGACCAUGCCAUGUCCUCUGUCACCCUUACUCCUCCCACAUCACCAGAGGAGGCCCAAACGGAUCAUCAGGCAGCCCAGAGGUGGUUAAAGCUGUGCUUGACAGUGGAUGGUUUCAGCUCCAACAGCAGCGGUAUCCAUGGCAGCAAGAUCCCCCGUAGGCUGGCUGCCCAGGUGGUGGAGAGCGUGUGGCAGGAGUGCACUACCAACCGGGCCCAGAGCAAGAGGAAGUUUGCUACAUUGACCAAUGGCACCUGUGAGGAGGAGGAGGGGGACAAAACGGGAGUAUGGGAUUUUGUGGAGUCAUCGCAUAGGGCACACUGCAACUGUUCAAGGCAUAAAAACCAGAAGCAACGAUUAGGCAGCACCUCAGGAAACCCCCCAUCAGUGGGCAAGCCCCCACAGCCGCCACCCAAACACAAGCUGGGCGAGAAGUUGGAGAAGGGGGAGAAGCAGCAGAAGAGGCCCCAGACACCCUUUCACCACCGCAGCUAUGUGUUUGAGGAGCAGGCCAUGGAGCCCCGGAGGCUGUGUAUUAGAACCCAGGAUGAGGGCCCCUACCCGAACCUGCACCACAUAGACACAGCCCCUUCCAAAGCCCCCAUGUUGCACACCCACGGGACCACCCAAGACCUGGCUGGCUCCCCCCAGCCCCCGCCUCUCAGCCCCCACCCCUGCGAGCACGAGGAGGAAGACCCUGGGGCCAUGAAGAGCUCCUCCACGCCCAUCCACCAACAUUUCUACCCCCCCUCUGAACCCUGCCUGCUGCCUCAGAAGACCUUGUCUGAUCUGCCCCUGCCUUUCCCCCAUACCUACCCUGAAUCCCUGGAACCCACUGCCUACGUGGGCUCAGCCAUCAACCCCAACGAAGACUCGGCCCACAACCCCUGGAAGUACUUCAACCUGCCACGGAAGAAGGCCUCAGACUUCUUGACACCACUGCUGCCUGUGGACAAACUACAGGAUGACUCUGGGGGAGGAGGAGGGCAGGAGAACAUUGUCUCUGUCACAGAAUUGAUGUCUGGCUCUGGCAGGCCUUUGAAGGUGUCUGACGACCUGGUGAGAACCUACACCCAGAGGAGGAACAGCCACCUGGCGGCUGCCAUGGCUGACGAGGACCAUGAGGAGGAGCCAGACCCCUACGCCUUUGUGGAGGGAGACGAGGAGUUCACCUUCACUGACAAGAAGGACAAACCAGGAUCGGAGAGAGAAACCAGCAAGAGACACAAGGGUGACGAUGGCAGUGGGACUUCAGCAGAUGAUGGUCAGGGUGCGGCCGGUGGGAAGCCUAUACCCUCCACCAGCCUCAUCCAUGAGACAGACCUGGCUGUGUCCAUCAACGAUCUGGACAACCUCUUCAACUCAGACGAAGACGAGCUUGCGCCUGGAUCCAGGAGAGCAGGAGUACAUGGAGACAAGUUUGGCAGCUCUGCUGACCUGCACAAGAUGUUCCCCACCCCCCCCUCUCUGGAACAGCACAUCAUUGUUUACUCCCCCAUGAACACUGGGGGGAAGGACUAUGGUGGCCUGGAGGGUGGGUUGGGCCUCACUCUGCUGGAUGGGAGCCAGUUUAGCAGCCACUACAAGAUGGAGGUGGAGGAAGGCUUUUGCAGCCCCAAGCCUUCUGAGAUCAAGGACUUCUCGUUUGUUUACAAGUCGGAGGCGUGCAAGGCAUUCACGGGCUGCUCCAUGUUUGCUCCGCUGAAGAUGCUGCCCAGUCAGUGUAUGAUGCCCAUCAAGCUGCCAGAGGACUGUGUUUACACACCCAGCUGGACCAUGGGCAAACUGGAGCUCAUACCCCCAGUGCCAUCCAUGGGCCUCCUCACCAAAGACGGUAAUAUCCCCAGUGUUGAGCCAGACUACCAGAGCUACACACCUCAGACCCACACGCCCUUCAUGUCCAACAGUGCCCCACCCAGCAACAGCGGCACGGGCAUCCUGCCCUCCCCAGCCACACCCCGCUUCUCCGCCCCCACCCCACGCACUCCCCGUACCCCACGCACCCCAAGAGGGCCAGCCAGUGUCCAGGGAUCGCUCAAAUAUGACAACUCUGACCUCUACUCGCCCGCCUCCACCCCUUCCACCUGCCGACCUCUCAGCUCAGUGGAGCCAGCCACCGUGCCCUCCAUCCCUGAGGCCCAUAGCCUCUACGUCACCCUCAUCCUCUCAGAGUCCGUCAUGAACCUUUUCAAGGACUGUAACUUUGACAGCUGCUGCGUGUGCGUGUGCAACAUGAACAUCCGUGGUGCAGAUGUGGGCGUGUAUCUUAAUGACAAUGGCGAGGCCCAGUACCCCUGUACCUGCGGUUUCAGCGCCGUGGUCAACCGCCGCUACGGCAGCUCGGCUGGGCUCUUCCUGGAGGACGAGCUGGACCUGGUGGGGCGCGACUCAGACGCUGGCCGGGACUCUGAGAGGCGUUUCCAGGAGCUGCACGCUGCCUCCCUUCACAGGACAGGCAACCCCAAAGAGAGGCCCCCAGACGAGCUCAUCCUGCUGCUGCAGGACCAGUGUACCAACCCAUUCUCCCCCAUGGCUGGGGUGGAGUACCCCAGGGCUCUGUCCUCAGGCCCCUCUCGCUUUUCUCUACGGGUGGAGGAGAGGGACUGCUAUAACGACUGCUACAUGGCUCUGGAGCAUGGCCGGCAGUUCAUGGACAACAUGUCAGGAGGCAAGGUGGACGAGGCACUGGUUAAGAGUACGUGUCUACACAACUGGCCUAAACGCAAAGCUGCAGAAGUGAGCAGGCUGUUCUCUCAGGACGUGCUGCGGGUGUUGCUCUCCCUCCAGCCUGUACUCCAGGAUGCCAUCCAGAAGAAGAGGAGCAUACGGUCCUGGGGAGUUCAGGGACCUCUCACCUGGCAGCAGUUUCACAAGAUGGCCGGCAGGGGAUCCUACGGCACUGACGAGUCUCCAGAGCCCCUCCCCAUCCCUACCUUCCUGGUGGGGUAUGAGUAUGACUUUGUGGUGCUGUCGCCCUUCGGCUUGCCUUACUGGGAGAAGCUGCUGCUGGACCCCUUCGGCUCCCACAGGGACGUUGGAUAUGUAGUCGUCUGUCCUGAGAACGAGGCUCUGCUCCGCGGUGCUAAGAGCUUCUUCAAGGACCUUACGGCCGUGUACGAGGCCUGUCGACUGGGUCAGCACAGACCAAUCUGUAAGACUCAUGCAGAUGGCAUAUUGCGGGUUGGUACGGCAGAAGGCAGGAACCUGGCAGAGCAGCCCCUCAGUGAUUGGUUCCUCAAAAUGGCCAGCAGCAACGGGAACAGCGAGGUCUUCAGCAAACUCAAACUCUACGCCCAAGUGUGCCGGCAUGACCUGGCUCCAUACCUGGCUGGGCAGUCUCUGGACAGCUCUUUGUUGAACCAGCGCAGCCCCACUGUGGCCUCUCCCCAGUCCUCCUCCCAGUCCCCCUGCUCCACCACCACCCCCUCCUCAGGCCCCCAGAGCUCCACCAGCAGCACUGCCCAGCCUACCAACAGCACCCCACCCUCCUCCACCAUAGGCCCCCAGGCAGUGGGAGGGAUAGGGGGGGUAGGAAUGCCCUCAGCCAAGCCCAGCUCCUACACACCAUACGGGACAUCAGGCCUGCAGGGCAGCGUCUCCCAGAACGGGCCCCAGUCGGGUGCUCAGACCACAGGAGAGACUGGCCCCACUGCCAACCAGCCCCAGGCCACCGCUGAGCCCGUGGAGACCACGUUGGAGAGAGAAAAGGUUGGUGUCCCUACAGACGGAGAGUCCCAUGCAGUGACGUUCCCCCCGGCCAUUGUGGUCUACAUCGUGGACCCCUUCAGCUACGAGGACGGGGAGAGGGACACCCACUCCAGUGUGUGGACGCUGGGUCUGCUGCGCUGCUAUGUGGAGAUGCUCCAGUUCCUGCCGCCUCACAUCAGAAACUCUGUGUCUGUGCAGAUCAUUCCCUGCCAGUACUUGUUGCAGCCAGUGCGCAUUGAGGAGCGCCAUCUCUAUGGUCAGCACCUCAAGUCCCUGGCCUUUUCGGUGUUCACCCAGUGCAGACGGCCCCUCCCCAGCAACACCAACAUCAAGGCUCUGACGGGCUUCGGCCCUGGCCUGGCCAUCGACAUGGCACUGAGGAGCUCCGAGAGGCCGGAGUGUCUGCGUUUGUACACACCACCUUUCAUCCUGGCGCCCAUCAAGGACAAGCAGACAGAGCUGGGGGAGACGUUCGGAGAGGCCUCUCAAAAGUACAAUGUGCUGUUUGUGGGCUACUGCCUGUCGCAUGACCAGCGCUGGCUCCUGGCCUCCUGUACUGACCAAUCAGGAGAGCUGCUGGAGACAUGCAUCAUCAGCAUUGACGUGCCAAACAGGGCUCGGAGGAAAAAGGGUUCAGCCAGACGGCUGGGCCUGCAGAAGCUGUGGGAGUGGUGUCUAGGCUUGGUACAGGUGACAUCACUUCCCUGGAGGGUGGUGAUUGGCCGCCUGGGCAGGAUUGGCCAUGGAGAGUUACGAGACUGGAGUAUUUUGCUGAGCAGGAGGAACCUGCAGUCUCUCAGCAAGCGCCUCAAGGAGACCUGCAGGAUGUGUGGCAUCUCUGCCGCAGACACUCCCAGCAUCCUCAGCGCCUGCCUGGUUGCCAUGGAGCCCCAAGGCUCCUUUGUCAUCAUGCCAGACUCUGUGUCGACAGGCUCAGUGUUCGGCCGCAGCACCACUCUGAACAUGCAGACGUCCCAGCUGAGCACUCCUCAGGACACGUCCUGCACCCACAUCCUGGUGUUCCCCACCUCGGCAAUGGUGCAGGUCAACAACGCCACCACCGAACAGAACUUAGACAUCGCCUUCAACCCCAUCAACCCUGAUGGUUCAGAUGGGAUGGGCAUCUUUGACCUGUUUGAUAAUGAUAUGGUGGACCCAGAUCUCAUCAACAUCCUGCCCAACUCCCCCACCACCUCCCCCGUUCACUCCCCCGGUGGACACUAUCACCAGGGGGGAGACGGCAGCAAGGGCCAGAACACAGAUCGUAUGGAGUCCCACGAGGAGGCCCUGAACAUCUUGCAGCAGCCUAUGGCCCUGGGCUACUUAAUCUCCACAGCCAAGGCUGGCCCCCUGCCUGACUGGUUCUGGUCCGCCUGUCCCCAGGCACAGAACCAGUGCCCACUGUUCCUCAAGGCCUCCCUGCACCUGCACGUGUCCUCUGUCCAAUCAGAUGAGCUUCUCCACAGCAAACACUCCCACCCUCUGGACUCCAACCACACCUCAGAUGUGCUCAGGUUUGUGCUGGAGCAGUACAAUGCCCUCUCCUGGCUGACGUGUGACCCUGCCACUCAAGACCGGCGAUCCUGUCUCCCUGUUCACUUUGUGGUGCUCAAUCAGAUGUACAACUUUAUCAUGAACAUGCUCUGAACAAGGAUAUCAAGUGGAAUCUAUGAAGCUCAUGAAACUAAUGGGAGGGUGUUUCCUGGAGUGAAUGGACCCUCAACACUUCAGGGUGGGGGCUUGGCCAUAAGGAAUCUCCCCCAGCCAGCGUCUCCAUGGCAGCACUGGAGGUGUCCUAUCAAUCAAAUGCCAAGUGUCCAUUUUAUCAUUUUGGAUAAGGGACUUUUCAUAAAGGAGGAUAAGUUGUCUUUUUAAUUAUCUUCUGAUAAAAUGUUAGCUUAAUGAAAUGCCUGCAUAUAUAUUAUUUAUUGUAAGUUUAAAUUUGUCAUUUUUAUUUCUUUUUAUAUAUAAAAAAUCUGAUGGUGUGUAUUGCCAUCUCACUUUAAAAGGAAUUGGUUUAAAAUGUAAUCACUUUUUUUGAAUUACAAAACUGUAAGCUGCAUUUGCUGUAGGCUGCUUUUAGAGUAAUUUUUUUUAAAGGGUAUUUACAUUUGAAUUCCCCUGAUGUACAGAUAGGUAGGUUGGGCAUUUAUAUCCCUUCCUUUUGAGUGGACAGGACUUACAGCUCAGCUACAGUGGCUGUUGCACAGUAAUUCAAUGCAUUCAGUUAAAUGGUAUGUGAGGUACAGAUUGUCAGAUAUUAUAUAUAUAUACAUAUGUAUUUUAUAUGACGGAUUUAGAGAAUUGUUUUUGUGUGUGUGUGUGUAUAUAUAUGUGUGUGUGUGUGUGUGUGUGUGUGUGUGUACAUAUACAUGUGUGCCGCAGCUUCUGUUUUAGGAAUAAAGUGCGUCUACCUAUCA